GAAAUCUAUCCAGUUUAUUUCGAACAACACAUUAUCGACCAUCGUCCAAAAUAUAUUUCAUAAAAGUUUUUAAGGUGAUUCUUCUUCACAACUAGUGUUACAUAAUUAAGUGAAUUAUUAUGGCUAAAACAAUAACAAACGUUUUCGGAAGUGCAAAUUCUAGUAGUAAUUUACUGGCUUCCCCUCAGCAGGCAGUUACGAAACCAGAAGACAGGGAGAUCAGUUUGCAAGAAGUCGAGUGGCACGAUUCGCCCAAAGAUUGCUGGAUUGUUAUUUACGAUAGAGUUUAUGAUGUGACGGACUUUCUUGAUACGCAUCCAGGAGGUGAAGACAUCCUACUAGAACACGCAGGCCGAGAUGCCACAGUAGCGUUUAGAGGCUCCGGACACAGUGCUCAAGCAAUUAGAGCCUUGGACAAGUAUUUGAUUGGCUCGUUACCUUUACACGAGAGGCUUUUCAGGAAACUCGGCGGAAUCAGGCUCAGUGACAUUCCAGUGUGAAAAUAAAUUACACAUUUAAUUUAUUGAUCGAGUAUUAUGUUUUUAAUGUUAAAACAGUAUUAGAUAAAUACCAGGUUUAUGUAUGUGUCUUGUUAAAUUAUUCUAUAGUUUUUUUAUUUGUAUCCUUUUAUUAUAUAAGAUUCGAACCAACUAAGAAGAAUACACAAGCAUUAUCGUUUGUCUCACAAGGGCUCUAGAGAAAAGGAAAGUUGCCUUCUUCGUCAGUAAUGACGUCAAUGGCUUCUUCUUGGCCGGUUCUCACUAUACCUAAUAUGUUAAUUCUAUUUUUUCUUGGAGUAGGUACUUAUCAACUAAUUCUAAAAAAAAACUUGUAUAACUUUUGAAGUCUUGUUUCAACAUUAAUUUAUAUUGUGCAAGCGUUUUUUUCUCAGUAUUUUAAUUGCAAAUUAUUAGUUAUUAAUUUAUUGAAAUUUGUUUGUAAUAAAUUAUUUCGAAUUUUUGAUGCCUUUGUUUUUUUUUGCGCAUUUUGUCAUCACGUAUUUUAGAAUGCUGCAUGACUUGCUUAUUUAUUUCCCAA